CAAAAGGUAGACUGCUAAUUUGUUUUGUAAGUACAGUACGAUAGUAGCGACACCACUACUGCAAAAAAAAAAAUGUACAAAUGCAUAGUAAGGGCGGAGUCGGUUUUCAGUUGUUUGCAGACAGUAUCCCCCAAACUACGGACCAGUGUGGUCAGCAAACGCGUAAGAACGCGCAGGUGGUGCCUGGGUUGUGCACACACCUGCGCAGUGUCGAACCCCGAUGUGCAGCCUUUCACACCGGCCGCUCAAAGGCGAGACCAACAGCUUUCAAAUCGUUUCCUGAGCAGUGACUCGAGAAGAAGACGACUGCCUAGUAUAUUUCCUGUUUUAGACGGUACUAUUCACCCAAUCUAUAGACAUGUAUGCGAAGCAAAUUUGCGCAAUAGCGCAGUCUGUCACCAAAGGUAUUGGGAGUGCAUGGAGAAGGUGCGAAAGGGAGGUGGCGAGAGUGCGAUUGUGAGGCACACGCAGAGGAACAAGAAGCUGUUUGUCCGGGAGAGGCUCAGGCUACUGCUGGACGACGAGGAUUACCUGGAGCUGUCUCCCUUCGCUGGCCUGGGAAUGCCCUAUGGGGAUGUGCCCUCAGCCGGAUGUAUAUCGGGCAUAGGUAAAAUCAGUGGGCUGUGGUGUGUGUUUAUUGUCAAUGAUGCCACGGUGAAGGGUGGCACAGCCUACCCCAUUUCUGUGAAGAAGCAACUACGAGCCCAGGAUGUGGCCAUUCAGAACCGCCUGCCCUGUGUGUAUUUAGUAGACAGUGGGGGUGCAUUCCUUCCUCUUCAGGCUGAACUUUUUCCAGACAAAAACCAUGGAGGACGUAUAUUCUACAAUGAAGCAAUCAUGUCAGCCAUGAAGAUCCCUCAGGUGGCAGUGGUGUGUGGCUCCUGCACAGCAGGCGGAGCCUAUAUCCCCACCAUGGCGGAGGAGACUGUAAUGGUGGAAAGAAUUGGGACAAUAUUCUUGGGUGGACCUCCUCUGGUGAAAGCAGCUACUGGAGAGGAAGUGACCCCGGAGGAGCUGGGAGGAGCUAGACUUCAUGCGGAAGUGAGUGGUUGUGUGGAUCACUUUGCUGCUACGGAAAAGGAGGCGUAUGAGUGUGCCAGAAACAUCAUCUCCACCCUCAAUUUUGAGCUCCCCCUAGAGGAGGCUGAGGAGACGGAUGAGCCACUGCACAGUGGAGAAGAGCUGAACAGCUUGGCGCCAUGCAGUUACACCCACAGCCUGGAUGUCAAGCUGAUCCUUAAUCGUCUGACAGAUGGAAGCAGAUUUCAGGAAUUCAAAGCACGAUACGGGACAACGCUUGUAACUGGUUUUGCAAAGAUCGAAGGACAUCCAGUUGGGAUGGUAGCGAGCAAUGGCGAACUGACAUAUGAGGCAGCUCUCAAGGGCAGCCAUUUUGUGCAGCUCUGUGAUCAGCGAGAGAUCCCAAUUAUAUUCUUACAAAAUACCCCUCCGUAUUCAUCACCGACACUGACAGACUCCCAGGCAGAGUCCAACACCAACAGACUGAAGGCUCAGGGCUCCAUGAUGGCGGCUUUGGCCUGUUCGUCGACUCCAAAGAUAACUGUGGUAGUAGGAGGCUGUCACGGAGUGGAAAGUUACGCUAUGUGUGGCAGGUCGUUUGAGCCCAACUUUCUGUUCUUGUGGCCCAAUGCCAGGAUGUCGAUUGUGGGACCUAAGCAUUUGCAAGUACCUGAAGAGGAAGGGGCAAACAUCCACCAACAAUUGGAAGAAGAGAGUUCUGCAUUCUUUUCCUCAGGGAGGGUCUGGGAUGAUGGAGUGAUACUGCCUCAGGAUACCAGGAAGGUUUUGAGCAAAUGUUUGCAGAUCAUUAAACAGCAAACCUAUCAGAUUUCAAGAGGGAGAGAGGUCUCUCCUGUUCUCCGAAUGUGACGCUGCUAUGUAACAGCACUUCAGUGCAGUGCUUUUAAAACAAAAGGCUGAUUUUCUAAGAUGGCUGCAGACUUUGUGUUCUCCAUGAUUAAUGUAAUGUUUAUAUAAUCUAGGUAACCCAUGAAAUUUUAUAUACACAGAUCAGGGAAGGUUUGAUCUGUUUUUUAAUUUGUAAUGAAAAGGCCAUUUCCGGAGAACAACAAAUAAAGCACACAUAAGGUGUAUUUCGUAUGGUGCUCUGAAUUCAAGCAGUAUUACAGGGAGUUGUAUAGUCCCAAGUACAGCUCUGGUCACCCUAUGUGAUUACCAUCAAUGGGUGUCUAGCAUGGACCAUUGCAUAUGCAUUAGAACUUCCUCACAUGGUACACUAGCUAUUUCUGCUUAUUUUAUCCCUGCCUUUCAGUUAUUUCUGAAGUGUCACAUACAACAGGUCAAAUCCAUUCAGGCAAAGUCAAAAAUGACUUCAGAUUUCUUUAAUUUGUUUUGCUAAAUCAGUUUUAAUAAAUGUACAACACUGCUAAACUAAAUAGGAUAAAUGUUGUGAUUAACCCUAUUUUUUUAGAAUGUUUUAUUCAAAGGAGGUGUUAGUGGUAGAGAAUGGAAAUCUGAUAUCUAAUUGUAAUACCACAAGGGGUUGUUGAGAUACUCCCCUGAAAAUUACUUCAGUAAAUAAACUGUAUAUAACAAAUUCAUGACUUCUCUGUUGCGGUUAACAUUGUCCAAGGAGAAAGAAUUCUGGGAUAUUCUGUUCUGAUUAAAUCAGGUCACAUUU